CACCAAAAAAAAUCAUUAUAUAUAAGAGUUCUUGCUUUUGUCCCUACAAUCAAGAGAUUAACCAUGAUAAACAAAUAAACAAAUACAUGUUCCAUUGUACUACAUUUUUCAACACAGGCUAAUGAGUGUUUUUGCAAGAAGCAAGAACCAACAUACAUGAGUUACCAUGGCCACGUUUCCCGUAUCCUCAAUUUCCUCGAAUCAACCUCCACAUUUCGAUCCCUCGACGCAACAAAACGUCUCCACGCACUCUCCAUCACAACACCUCCCAUUCGAAACCAAUCCAUCUUCAUCAAUAACAACAUAAUUUCCUCUUACAUUUCCCACAACAAUUUCCUUCAAGCACGCAAGGUGUUCGAUGAAAUGCCCCAAAGAACACUCGUCUCUUAUAACACGCUCGUAACUUCCUAUACUCGACGUGGACACGUAGAUGAAGCUUGGACUUUGCUUAAUCACUUGAGAUUAUGUGGGUUUGCUCCUAAUCAGUAUACAUUAACGGGUUUGCUUUGUUGUGAAAAGUUGGAGAUGUUUCAGGGCUUAGAGUUGUUUUGUUUGAGUAUUAAAAAUGGUGUCUUUUAUGCUGAUGCUUAUGUGGGUAGUUCUUUGUUGGGUUUUUUUGGGAGAUAUGGAUGUUUUCAUGAAGCUUUUUUGGUGUUUGAUGAUAUGGGUUGUAAGAGUUUAGUGACUUGGAACACCAUGUUGUCUUUGUUGGGUUGUAAUGGUUUUGUUGAGGAGACUAAGGCUUUGUUUCGCGAUGUAUUGAGGUUGGGGGUGUUGUUGUCUGAAGGUUCUUUUGUGGCUCUUUUGUCUGGACUUGUUGGUUGUGAAGAGGAUUUGAGUUAUGGUGAACAGGUUCACUGUUUGAUGACUAAAUGUGGGUUUGAUUGUUAUGUUUCUGCGGUUAAUUCGCUUAUUGGUGUUUACGUUAGGUGUAGAGCUUUGUGUUCGGCAGAUAGAUUGUUUGAGGAGCAGGUUCCUGUUAAGAAUGUUGUGUCUUGGAAUAUGAUCAUUGGUUCAAUGGUGAAAAGUGGGAAGCCUCGAAUGGCGUUGGAGAUGUUUAUGAAUAUGUUGAGGAGUGGAUUGGUGCCGAGUCAGGCCACGUUUGUAGCUGUUAUUGAGUCGUGUAUCGGGUUGAGAAACUUGGUGUGUGGAGAAUGUGUUCAUGCUAAAGUAAUCAUGAGUGGUUUUGAAUCUGAUGUUAUUGUUGGUACUGCAUUGGUGGACUUAUAUGCCAAAUGUGAGAAAUUGAUUUCUGCUCAUAAUUGUUUUGAUCAGAUAGAAGAGAAGAAUGUGGUUUCUUGGAACGCUUUGAUAUUGGGUUACUCAAACGUUCUCUCUUCCACGUCAAUUCGGUUAUUGCGAGAAAUGAUUCGAUUGGGUUGUUAUCCUGACAAGUUUUCCUUUUCUUCUGUUCUUAAGUCAUCAUCUGUAUUAGACCUACAUCAGCUCCAUGGUUUGGUUCUAAGAAUGGGGUAUGAGAAUCAUGAAUAUGUAUUAAGCUCUCUUGUUAUGGCUUAUGCUAGAAAUGGUCUUAUAAAUGAAGCACUUUUAUUUGUCCAAGAGUUUGAAAACCCUAUUUCACUAAUCCCUUCUAAUAUAAUUGCUGGAAUCUAUAACAGAACUGGUCAUUAUAAUGAAACAAUGAAGUUGCUUUCUUUACUAGAAAAGCCUGAUGUUGUAUCUUGGAACACUGCCAUUUCAGCCUGUGCUCGAAGCAAUAAUUAUAAUGAAGUUUUCAAGCUUUUCAAGCGUAUGCAUUCCGGACACAUCCAUCCAGACAAAUACACAUUAAUGACUUUAGUAUGCGUGUGCACAAAACUUUGUUGUUUGGAUUUGGGUGGUUCUCUUCAUGGUCUUAUUGUGAAGACUAAUAGUUGUGACACAUUUUUGGGCAAUGUACUAAUUGACAUGUAUGGGAAGUGUGGAAACAUUGAAAAUUCAGUGAAAGUUUUCGAAGAAAUUAAGGAUAGAAACAUUAUUACAUGGACAGCUUUAAUUUCUGCCCUCGGGCUGAAUGGUUAUGCUCGCGAUGCAGUAAAGAUAUUCCACAACAUGGAAUUGACGGGGUUGAGGCCCGAUGCGUUGGCUCUCAGAGCAGUGCUUUCUUCUUGCAGAUACGGUGGAUUAGUAAGUGAAGGGAUGCAAAUUUUCAAGCAAAUGGGAACCAUUUAUGGGAUUCAACCAGAACACGAUCAUUACCAUUGCAUAGUAGAUCUCCUUGCUAAAAAUGGACAAAUAAAGGAAGCUGAGGAAGUCAUGGAAAGCAUGCCUUUCCCACCAAAUGCCAGUAUUUGGCGCUGCUUCGUUGAAGGGUUCAAGAGGCAGGAAAUUGCAGUUUGACUUGUACAGCAAAACUUAAUAAUCUUUUGGCAAUAAUACAUGAACCAGAAAUCUAAGGAAAUUGGUUGAAAUCAAAGCAUUCAUAUGUUGAAUACAGUCGAAUGUUGUCGAUAUCAUUAGGCAUUCAAUUCAGAAUGCUUCUCAUUUUGAAGUAGCUGCUCAACAGUUGAAACAACAUGCCUUCAUUGGAAAUGGAGCAUCGUCUCGGGUGCUAAAAAGCCUAUCGUGCUUUAAGAGGAAGUGUUAGCUUAUUACUCUAAAUGCUUAGAAGUUAAAACUCAUUGUGAUGCAUAAUCAAUGAAGAUUUGCAACAUACAGAUGCAGGCCAAGGGAAAAAGUAAACAUAGAAUCGUAACCAAAACUUGUGAACAUUUAGCCUGUGUUUGUUUUCACGUUGAAUUUGUCCAUCACUGUGCGUUCUUUCACUUUGACAAUUUAAAUAGUCGUUGGGACACGAGAAAAAGUUUGUUGACGCGUUACCAAACAAGCACUUAGUAACACUGAAUGCAAAAUGUUUGUCAUUUUAUGGAGUAAAAAGCCAAACUUCCUGCUUCAUGAAGACUCUUAGAACAAAGGCAGCACAUGGGGAGUACCAAAGCAGUCCAAAGAACCUGAACUUGAAGAAAUUGAAUAAUGGACCAAGUUAAUUGGUAGUAAAAGAAUGCCAACAAACAAGUCAAAAAGCUCAGAUUUUUGUUCAUUUGGUGUAUUAUUAUCACGCAUUUGUAGAAGUGUGUUGCCAACCAGAUGUUUAACUUUAGACAUCAUCUUCCCUUUCCCUUUCAUUGGUAACUUUAUGUCAAUAGUGUAUAAAAUUUCAUUGAAGUGUGGUUGAUGAAGAGUUUUUAUUUUUACUUUUUAUAA